GUCCCACUCCCACGUUACCCAUAGGACCGGGAAAAGGCCUCGUCCCUGUCUGUAGGAGCCACGUCGAUGGUUGUACUCAAACAAAUGAUUUACUUGGUAAACACCCGGUUGUUUUAGGUGUGGCAGGACGUGUUCUGAUUCAUUUCACUUCGUCUGACCCCAUGGAGGGACUCGAAGAGCCGAAAUUUGCCCUGAGGGGCCUGAAUGAAAGGCUGAAGGGGUUUCUGGAGCAUGUGAAUCAGUUGGAACGGACCAACCGCGAACUGGAGGAGCAGAUUGGAGAGUGGAGAUUGAGGAACGUCGCUCUGUGGCGGGACUGGAGCGACAAGGAGGCGCUGACCCAGGAACUGCAAGCUCAGGUUAGGAUGAUCAUAAGGGAAAAUGCAGAAGUUUUGUUACAAUCCGAUGCCGUGAAACUCAGGGCUGCACAUUUAAAGACCAGGUGUGAAACCGAGAAGAAACUCCGUCUCUUAAAGGAGCAGGAGGUGUCCCAGCUGAAGAUAAAGAAGAUAGAGAUGGAAACAUCCAGCACUCUCCUGGAAAAGCAGCUUUAUGAAUACCGAAAUGAGUUCCAACAGGUCAUGGAGGAACAUGAGCACCAGCGGCGAGCAGUAGAGGAGUGUGAUAGAGUGCUAGCGCAGGUUGCUGCAGGAGAGGAUGGCAGAGGAAUGGAUCUCUCCCGGACCAGCACCCAGUGCGACCACUUCAGCCCGGCCCAGAGCAGCCCUGACUCAGCCACACCACCAAAUCCAGCCCCAGGCUCUGGUCCCGCUUCACAGAGAAGGCCCCAAAAGGAUGCAACCAACCCCACAGCUGCGUUUCUGCCACAGGUGAGAGCAGGUGACGAGGCCAUGAAAGAGGCACGAGCUGAACUCACAGAGGCCCGAAAGAGAUGGCACCAUCUACAAGUGGAAAUUGAAUCGCUACAUGCCUUGGAAAGGAGUCUCCAUAGCUCCCUACACCACACUCAGCUCCAGUACUCUGUGCAGCUCAAGGAUCUGUCCCGGUCUGUAUGGAGUCUAGAGUCUGAGCUAGAAACUGUGCGGGAUGGUCUGGAAAUCCAGAAACAGAACCAUACCCAGCUCCUCAACACCAAGAUGAGGCUGGAGAGAGAGAUCGCAACCUACAGGAAACUCCUGGAACACGAGGAGGGCAGGUUUCUGAACUCAGAUGGUCGGCCUCUAAAACUGAAGCCAUGGAAGGGGUCCGUUCCUGCUCCAGAGCAGAACGGCCUGCCCAACGGAUGUGACGAGGAUAUCGCUGAGCCGUUCUUCACUGAGAGCACUCCAAAAAUAAUCCCGGCCCUUCAGGGACAGCAGAGUCUUGUCAUCCUCACAGAACCAGUCAUAAACAAAAAUGGGGAGAUCUGUACUGUGAAGACUCAGGAGAUUCUGGAAGGAAAUGUAGUGAGGGAGAGUGCUGAGGGUCACGGAAAUGUGGAGACAGAGAAGAUUGACAAGGCCAUCAGGCAAUGGGAAGGGUCAUUCUUUAAAGGAAAUCCCAAGCUGAGGAAGAAAUCUGUGUCUCUGCGUUUCAACCUUCAUAUGGCUGUAGCGGAUGAGGGUUGCAGCCAGAUAAAACAGGACAGUCUCCCUAACGUGGAGGUCCGUCUGGUCAUGAGACGGUCUCGCAGCAUACCCACUUUUGCCCAGUGUAAUGCUACUACAUCACAACUGUGACCUCACAAUGCUACUGCAUUACAGUUGAGUAGUGGAGACCAAGUCUCAAUGUCUCGGCGGCUAAUAAAAGCAAAUCACUUUAGUGACAUCAUAGAACUUUUGCCAUUUGAAAGAAAAAAGCAUCACAUCAUCAGUAAAGCGUUUGAAAACAAAACAACUCAAAUAGCUUUUAUGACUGUAAUGAAUGCAGAUAAAGCUACUUUAAAAUAUUUCAAGACAAAUUAAUUUGUAGUUGAUUUAUUUUACUUCGAACUUGAGGAAUGUCUUGUGGUAUUUCAGAUUUCGUACAUUGCGGCGCUCUCUGAGGACGUUCUACUGCCACAUUAUUGAUUAUUAGCACAUAUUACAGUACUGAAAACCUAUAAAAACUAUUGGUUUGAUAAAAUAUAAAAUAUGUAUAGUUUAUACAUCUAUAGAGCUGAAUCUUCAGUCUCAGUGAGUAAAGGUCAAUGUGGAUACAGAGAUUUCACAUUCAGUGCAGCACAACAAAAGAUGCCUUAUUGCAUUUGACAAAUGGUACGGAACUAAUUUAACAAUCCAGUGAACGCUUAGGAGGUAUUAAGUUCUGGUUGUGCAGGAGACUGUAGUAUGAACCAAAAUAAAAUAUUGCAAAAUGUGCAAAAAUUAGCAGCCAAAACAAGUGAUUUAUGGUGAAACCGCUGUACUGUCCUCACGAUAUUUCCUGCAUGGAUGUGUACUGAAUGACUAGCAGUCUAUCACUGCAGAGAAGGAGAUGCUAAAAGUGAAAUGUUGACUAUGAUCUUCUCUAUUGCUUACACUUGCCUAUAAAAGUUAUAUUGCAUGCAUAUAUAGUUUAAGCUUCAUUUAAAGUGCAAAUACUGUGUCAUCCAAACAAAUAUGAUGCAGGAUUGUUCAGAAAACUUGAAAUGAUCAUACUUCAACA